UUUAGUAGCGACAACAUGGCUCUGGAAAUGCUGAUCCUCUCAGUGCUCCUUCUAGUCCUUGUAUGUGGCUUCCUGCACAGGCAUUACUCCUUCUGGCAGCGCCUGGGAGUGCGCGAGAUCAAGCCCAAGUGGAUAGUGGGCAACCUCAUGGGACUGCUCAACAUGCAGAAGAGUCCCGCCGAGUUUAUGUCCCAGCUGUACAAUCAUCCGUCGGCGGAGAACGAACCCUUUGUGGGCAUCCAUGUGUUCCAUAAGCCUGCCCUGCUGCUGAGAGAUCCGGAACUGGUGAAAAACAUCCUGGUCAAGGAUUUUGGGAAAUUCUGCAAUCGAUACUCGAACUCCGAUCACAAGGCAGAUCCCUUGGGAUCACAGAACAUUUUCUUCUUGAAAAACCCCGCCUGGAAGGAGGUGCGCUUGAAGCUGUCGCCAUUCUUCACCGGCAACCGGCUGAAGCACAUGUUUCCCCUGAUCGAGGAGGUGGGUGCCAGCCUGGAUGCCCAUCUGCGCCAGCAAGCGCUGCACAACGAACGGAUGCGCUGUUUCGAUUUGGAGGCCAAGGAACUGUGCGCUCUCUUUACCACGGAUGUGAUUGCCACCGUAGCCUAUGGAGUGCAGGCAAAUAGUUUCACGGAUCCCAAGGGGGAGUUCCGGCGGCAUGGACGUUCUGUGUUCGAGUUCAGCCUGCUAAGGGCGGCGGAGUUCACCAUGGUCUUUUUUCUGCCACAUCUGAUUCCUUUCUUUGGCUUUAAGGUGGUGCCCGCUGAGGCCACUCGCUUCCUGCGCAAGACCAUCAACUAUGUGAUGGAGGAGCGCGAGAAAUCUGGCAAGUCACGCAAUGAUCUCAUCGAUAUACUCAUCGAGUUCCGCAGGAGUACGCAGCAGGCCAAGGCUGCGGGCAUCAAGGAUCAGUUUGUGUUUGAAGGCGACAUCCUGGUGGCCCAGGCCGUGCUCUUCUUUACAGCCGGCUUUGAGUCCUCUUCCUCCACCAUGGCCUUUGCCAUGUAUGAGCUAGCCAAGGAUGUGGAUAUGCAACAGCGUUUGCGGAAUGAAAUCCAGGAAGCUCUGAUUCAAAGCGGUGGCCAGGUAACGCUCCAAAUGAUUGAGUCGCUGGUGUACAUGCAGAUGAUUCUGCUAGAGGUGUUGCGCAUGUAUCCUCCCCUGCCCUUCUUGGAUCGCGAGUGCACCUCUGAUCAGGCUUAUCCUUUGGUUCCUUUUAGCAAUAUAAGGGUGCCCAAGGGAAUGCCUGUCUACAUUCCUUGCUAUGCCAUACACAUGGAUCCCCAGUUCUUUCCUCAGCCUAGGAAAUUCCAGCCGGAACGAUUCUCCCCUGAAAAUCGAAAGAGCCACAGACCCUACACCUAUAUGCCCUUUGGCCUAGGUCCGCAUGGCUGCAUCGGCGAACGUUUCGGCAUGCUCCAGACGAAGGUGGGUCUGGUGAACAUACUCCGUAACCACCUGAUAACUACAUCGGAACGCACUCCACGCCGCAUGCAACUGGAUCCCAAGGCGAUUAUUACCCAGGCCAAGGGGGGCAUUCAUCUGCGACUGGUCCGUGAUCCUUUGGGUGUCUAACCCCAAGGGGAAACUUACCCUUUUUUUUGGAGUUCAGCAAGGGAAUACCGAAUAUCUUGGAACAACAACCGAAUGAGAACUAAGCCGGAGAUUCGCGUGUUUUGGCAUUAAGAAUUAAACUAGUGUCGCGCAUAUUGGUGGGCAAUUUGAUUGACGAGUGGCGUGUUUAUCCGCCGGAGAAAUGACUUGGUAGAUCAAUCACUCACUCAUAUAGAUAUAUACUCAGAAUAUAUAUAGAUACAGUUCCCUAGAUCAUCUUGAAAACGUUUAAAAACACAUUUGCAUGUGCGAGAUGUAUUAGAUGUAGAUUACAUUUAUUUAUUGGUGGCGUAAUUCCAUAGACCUCUCCCCUGGAGUUCAACAGAUUACAUUUUAAUUUGAUAA